AUGACACUACCCUCAUCCAAAACAAGAAUCAUCCAAGUCAUAUGUGCAAUCAUUUGGUGUUUAUUUGCAGCUGGUCCAAUCUUUGGAUUUGCAGCUUUAAAACCAAUAUUGAUUGAUCAAGGUGUCUAUCAUGAUGUUUGUAAAGUUUCAACUGAAGGGAUUAACUUGAAAUUAUGUGCUGAUCAAGAUUUGAAAUUGAAUAAGAUGUUUACAAUUGGUGCUGUUGUGACAAACGUUACUGCUUUAUUAGUUGGACAUAUUUUAGAUAAUUAUGGACCAAGAGUUUGUGGAUUUAUUGGUUCAGUGUUUUUGAGUAUUGGUGCAUUCUUCCUUUCAGGUACUUUGAGAUUCUUGCCUAUUGAUCAAUAUCUUUCUGGUUAUGUUUCACUUGCAAUUGGUGGUCCAUUUGUUUUCAUCUCAAGUUUCCAAUUGGCUAAUAGUUUCCCUAAAUUUAGUGGGAUGAUCUUAGCUUUAUUAACCGGUGCUUUUGAUACAUCUUCUGCUGUUUUCUUAAUCUAUAGAUUGGUUUAUCAAAAAUUGACCAAAAUCUCAUUACACAGUUUUUUCAUAACUUAUUUAAUAAUCCCAUUGUUUAUAUUUUUAUGUCAAUUAUUUAUAAUGCCUCAAUCAAGUUAUAAAACUUUGGGAACUGUGCAAAAAUUGGGUAUUGAAGGAUUGGAUGAAAAUGGUCAAUUAUUAGAAGGUGAUGAUGGAGCAAGAAUAGUUCCAGAUAUAGAUGAAAGAACUUCAUUAUUAUCAGCAAAUGAACAAGUUUUAGAAGACGGAGUUGAUAAUUCAUUACGCAGAACAACAAGUUUAACAGCUAAUGGGAAACGUCGUAAAUCAGUUUAUGAAGAAAUUGUGGAGAAUGAAUUGUAUUCAAAAUCUGGUAAUAUCUUUGGUGUUUUAGAUGGUGAAUCUGUGAAAACUCAAUUGAAGAGUCCUUUCUUCCUCUUAAUGUGUGCUUUUACAACUAUUCAAAUGAUUAGAAUCAAUUAUUUUGUUGCCACUGUUAGAUCCCAAGAGGAAUAUCUACUUGGUGAAGAAUUAGCAUUACGUGUUAAUAAUAUUUUCGAUAUUGCAUUACCAUUAGGUGGUGUUAUUGCUAUCCCUUUCAUUGGAUUAAUUUUGGAUAAUUUUAAAACUAUAACAGUUUUAAUCAUUUUGAUGUGUGUCUCGUUUGUGAUUGGAAUUAUGGGUGUUUUGAAAAUUUUCUCUGCAAACUUAUUGGGAAUCUUUUUACUAGUUGUCUAUAGACCUUUUUACUAUACUGCAGUUAGUGAUUAUAGUGCAAAAGUGUUUGGGUUCACCACUUUUGGUACUGUUUAUGGGCUAAUGAUGUGUAUUAGUGGGUUGAUCAACUAUUUCCAAACAUUUUUAGAUUACAUUACCCAUCAUUAUGAAGGCAAUAAUCCAAUUCCUGUUAAUUUAGGAUUAAUUGCUUGUACUCUUAUUUUUGGAUCAAGUCUGAUCUUUUACAUCCUUACUCAACAAAAAAAUAUAGAGAGAAAGAAAUUAGAGCAAGAAGCUGAAAGUGCUCCAGAAAUGGAAAUUCCUCAUUGA